GGUACCCGGGCCGCAGACGGCCGAGGUAGCUGACAGGGCCGCAGCGGCUCACCCCUCCCUUUCUCGGAACGUGGUUAGGCAGCUGGCGCUGGCACACGCCGCUGGGAAGAGAGGGCUGGGGGCGGGAGAUGACGGUGGAGUGCUCGCUGCCUGGCCCUCUGCGAGCACCGGCUUCCUUCUCCUCGUAGCCCGGGCUGCGGACCUAGCAGGUUUCCUUAUACUCCACCAAAAGCUUUAUUUUGCCUUGGUUAGGUGGUUACUGUGUGCUGGGUGUGAUUAGAGCGUAAGGACUCUACUGAGCUUGCCACUUCACAGACGAUAAAGUGAAGCAUAAAAAGUUAAGUUUUGGGUUCAAGUUGAGGCCUUGCUGGAGAGGGAAGAAGAUAGAAAAUGGAUUCUUAUAUUUCAGCAAAGAACUCAACUCUUGCCGUUAGUGUGAAUGAGACUUGGUCUGCAACCGUAACUCAUGGAUUUAAUUCCACCAAUGACCCACCUUCAAUGUCAAUAACAAGGCUCUUCCCAGCCUUGCUAGAAUGCUUUGGCAUAGUCCUUUGUGGCUACAUAGCAGGAAGGGCCAAUAUCAUCACAUCAACACAGGCCAAGGGACUGGGGAAUUUCGUCUCCAGAUUUGCCCUUCCAGCUUUACUCUUCAAAAAUAUGGUUGUGCUUAAUUUUUCCAAUGUGGAUUGGGCUUUCCUAUAUAGUAUCUUAAUUGGCAAAGCCUCUGUGUUUUUCAUUGUAUGUGUAUUAACCUUAUUGGUUGCCAGUCCCGAGAGUCGAUUUAGCAAAGCUGGACUGUUCCCUAUUUUUGCUACACAAAGUAAUGACUUUGCAUUGGGAUAUCCUAUAGUUGAAGCUCUGUAUGAAACCACAUACCCAGAAUACCUCCAGUACAUUUAUUUGGUGGCACCAAUAUCUCUUAUGAUGUUAAACCCUAUAGGGUUUAUCUUCUGUGAAAUCCAGAAGUCGAAAGACACUCAAAAUGCUUCUCAAAAUAAAGUAAAAAUUGUGGGACUUGGAUUUCUGCGUGUGUUACAGAACCCGAUAGUAUUUAUGGUCUUCGUUGGCAUUGCCUUCAAUUUUAUUCUUGAUAAAAAGAUCCCUGUGUACAUGGAAAAUUUCCUGGAUGGGCUCGCGAAUUCCUUCUCUGGGUCGGCCCUGUUUUACCUCGGCCUGACAAUGGUGGGGAAAAUAAAGCACCUGAAGAAGUCGGCCUUCGUCGUGCUCACGCUUCUCAUCACAGCUAAACUCCUGGUGCUGCCCCUUCUGUGCAGAGAAAUGGUAGAAUUGCUGGACAAGGGUACCAGUGUCGUGAACCACACAAGUCUGUCGAAUUACGCCUUUCUCUAUGGCGUCUUUCCUGUAGCCCCCGGAGUGGCGAUCUUUGCGACGCAGUUCAACAUGGAAGUAGAGAUUAUAACGUCAGGGAUGGUAAUAAGUACAUUUGUGUCUGCUCCAAUCAUGUAUGUUUCUGCCUGGUUAUUGACCUUUCCCACCAUGGAUGCUAAGCCAUUGGCGUAUGCCAUUCAGAAUGUUAGUUUUGAUAUAAGUAUUAUCAGCCUGGUCUCCUUGAUCUGGUCUCUGGCUAUUCUUCUCUUGAGUAAGAAAUACAAGCAGCUUCCUCAUAUGCUUACAACUAAUUUGCUCGUCGCUCAGUCUAUUGUUUGUGCUGGAAUGAUGAUAUGGAAUUUUGUUAAGGAAAAAAAUUUUGUUGGACAAAUUUUGGUGUUUGUUCUAUUGUACAGCUCCCUGUACAGCACCUAUUUGUGGACAGGCCUUCUAGCCGUUUCUUUGUUUCUUUUAAAAAAGCGUGAGAACAUGCAGAUCCCUGUGGGAAUCAUCAUAAUAUCCGGCUGGGGGAUCCCUGCUCUCCUUGUUGGCGUGCUCUUGAUAACUGGGAAACACAAUGGAGACAGCAUUGACUCCGCCUUCUUUUAUGGAAAAGAGCAGAUGAUCACCACAGCAGUCACCCUGUUCUGCAGCAUUCUGAUGGCUGGUGUGUCACUCAUGUGCAUGAACCGUACCACCCAAGCUGGUCACUAUGAAGGUUUCGGCCAAUCUCAGAACCACAAACCAGUAGAGCCUGGAAGCACUGCAUUUGAGGAGAGCCUAGCACCAACAAAUGAACCAGAACUCUUUACAAGUUCUAUUCCAGAAACAAGUUGCUGUUCUUGCUCCUUGGGAAACGGUGAUGUACACUGUCCAUCAAUAGAGCCAGUAACAACCGCAAGUGCCAGUGGGCCUGUGCCGCCUUCCUUUGAGAAAACGGACCGCUGUGUGAGUCACUGUGACUCCCGAAGCUGCAUCCUAGCCCAGGAGGAAGAGCAGCACCUGCAGACAGGAGACCCUCAGCUGACCCGACACGUCCUGCUGUGUUUACUGCUCAUCAUCGGCCUGUUUGCCAAUCUCUCUAGUUGUUUGUGGUGGCUGUUCAACCACGAGACUGGACGACUCUAUGUUGAAUUACAGUUUUUCUGUGCCGUGUUUAACUUUGGCCAGGGAUUUAUUUCCUUUGGAAUCUUUGGGCUGGACAAACAUUUAAUCAUCCUACCUUUCAAAAGAAGGCUUGAAUUCCUGUGGAACAAUAAGGAAACAGCAGAAAACAGAGACUCCCCUGUUUCUGAGGAAAUAAAAAUGACCUGUCAGCAAUUUGUCCAUUAUCACCGUGACCUGUGCAUCCGAAACAUCGUCAGAGAAAGAAGGCUUUUGGGACAGCAGCCUGCUCACAGCAAUCAGGAAAUAAUAUCUUCAGUUACUGACCGGGACAGAAGGUAUCACCUCUACAUCGAAAAGACCCAGACACUAACACUGAUAUUUCAGAUACUAGAGAACAAUUUUAUGUUAUUAACUUUCUUCUAAUUCUUACAUGUGAAACUUUGUAUUUAUGGUAAAAUGCUUGAAUUUUUUGACCCCCGUUUGUCAUUUCAUCCUGCUCUUCACCUCUAUUUCCUGUUGUCAGGCACUCCAGAUUUCACAGCUUGAUUGAUGCUUGUGGAGGUUCUUGCUGUCUAGUGCACAUUUGUGAGAAAAUGUUCAUAAUUCAUGUAAUUGGUUCUCUUGUUUGGCAUUUCUUUCUCUUUAUCUGCUCAUACUUAAGCAAUCCAGAUUUGCAUUAGGAAGACAAAUAUUAAACAUUCCGGAAGCAAAUAAAAAUCAAAGCAUGCUUCCUAAAGAUUGCUUUUUAUUAUUUUAUGAAUGCGCAUGUGUCUGUGUGCAUGGCUUUGGAGGUCAGAAGAGGGUGUCAGAUCCCCUGGAGCUGGAGUUACAGGCACUUCUGAGCUGCCUGAUGUAGCUGCUGGGAACUGAACCGGGGGCCUCUGGAAGGACACUGAGCCCUAACCACUGUGCCAUCUCUCCCGCCCCAAAGCACACUUUUAAAAUCUUGGCUUUGCUGUAGGACAGAUCUCACUUGUUUGCUCCGAUUCCUAAUGAAGCAAAUGAUUGUCCUGGCUACUGAGGGAAAGAGCCUGCGGGUGCUAUAAGCUGAACAUGAAAGUUUGAUUUCAGCAGGUUAAUAAAGCAAUAGAACAAAAAGAAGUUUUACUUUUGUUCUUUGAGACACAAUCUCCUCAUGUAACCCACGGCUCAAACCCGCUCUGCUGUCUCAACCUCUCGGGAGCUGGAAUUACAGGCAUGCAUCCCAGACACAACUGUAACAGUUACACACGAGUCAUCUGUGGACAGGUACGAGGCCACCCUGGGAGCUGUGACAGUCAAUGAUGUGCCUGCCACGUAAGCACAAGAGCCUGAGUUGGGUCUUUAAAACCCAAGAGAGAGCUGGACUGGUGACGUGUGCCUGUCAGCUCAGGCCUGGGGGGAGAGAAAGCAGCCAAAUCCACGAGCUUUAAGUUCAGUGAGACUCUGUCCCGACCAAGAUGGAGAGCCAUGGAGGAAAGAGGCAGACUGUGACCUCAGAUCCCCACAUACAUGUGCACACAUUACGUGCAUGCAAGUGCACAUAACAUACACAGGCCAUGCUGCUAUUAAAAGAUACUUCUGGAGGGGGUGUAGACAGAUGGCUCAGCAGUUCAAGUGCACAGGCAGCUCUUCCAG